AUUGAUAUUAAUUCUUUAUCUAUUUAACAAUGUCAGUUUCUUAUAAAUUUCAUCCAGAAAGAAAAACAACCAUUAUAACAGCACCAUUCUCAGGUGGUCAACCCAAAGGAGGGGUCGAACUUGGUCCAGAAUAUAUUCUUGAUGCUGGUUUUGAAAAACAAAUCAGUUCAUUGGGAUGGGAAACUACCACUUUGCAUCCCCUUGAAUCAACCAAUUACGAAGCCAUGAAGACAGAUGACAAGGACAAGUAUGGAGUUAAAAACACUCAUAUUGUCAAUGAAUGUAAUAAAUUAAUCUACGAUGCCGUUUACAAAACUUUGGAAAGUGGAAGAUUGGCAAUCACUGUUGGUGGAGAUCACCUGAUUGGUACCGCCACUGUCGGUGCUAGUUUGACUCAUAAUCCAGACACUUGUGUUAUCUGGGUUGAUGCACAUGCUGAUAUUAACACUCCAAAAACCACUGACUCCGGAAACUUACACGGAUGCCCAUUGAGUUUCUUGAUGGGUAUAGACGCUGAUUCCUAUCCUCCUGAAUUUUCUUGGGUUCCUCAAAUUUUAAAGCCAGGAAAAUUGGCAUAUAUUGGAUUACGUGAUGUUGACCAAGAAGAAAGAAGAAUAUUAAAAGAACAUAAUAUUCCAGCAUUUUCCAUGUACCAUGUUGAUAAGUAUGGAAUUGGAAAAGUGGUAGAGAUGGCCUUGGAUAAGGUUAAUCCUAACCGUGAUUGUCCAAUUCAUUUAUCAUUCGACGUUGAUGCAAUUGAUCCUCUGUUUGUUCCUGCUACCGGUACUAGAGUCGAAGGUGGUCUUUCACUUAGAGAAGGAUUAUUUGUGGCUGAAGAAAUUGCCAUGACUGGAUUAUUGAACUCAUUGGAUAUAGUAGAAACUAAUCCUAUGUUGGCAGAAACUGAAGAGCAUAUCUUGGAUACUGUUAGUGCUGCAUGUGCCAUUGGUAGAUGUGCCAUGGGUCAAACUUUGCUAUAACCAACUUGCAUAAUGCUGCAUAAAGAACCUGCUUGAAAUGUCAUUUAUAUUGUAUAGUAUUUUCUAGAAGAUUCUAUAUUUAGCUCUAAAUUAAUUCAUUCCAGAUUGACGCACUCAACUAGCACUGCCUCAUUGUUGGUAUGUAUGUGAUGUUGCAUGUAGCCAUCAUCUGUCAUGUCCCGAGGAUGUGUUUUUUUGUUAGUAUUACACGAUACAAACCCCC